AUGAAUGGAGCCGCGACUAGGAAAGGGGCGCCGCCUCCCCUCCAUGGCCUGGGGAGGUCCAUGACCGAGGGGUUCAACAAGCCGCGGUACACUCCCGUCAACGAUGCCGACCGGCCCCGGAUCUCUGCGCUUGUCGACCUGGAUGACCCUAUCCAGAUCCACCUCUUGAUGGAAACCGCUUUGAGUGAUAGCAAGCAAUGGGAGAUCCUGUCCCAAGAAGAGGUGGAUGACCUGAAGAAACAAACCCGCUCCCUGACAAUACGUAUCGACCAAGCCCGCGCCAACCUCGCGAUCCAGACAAAGUACCGCGAUGCCGCCGUAUCCAUGGCCCGCCUGUACAACCCAGGACACAGGAGACACAGCUCCCGUGAGGACAUUGCUGCCGCGAGGGAGGCCGAGGUGGAGAAGCAAAAUAGCGAGCGCCUUUGCAAUGAGCUUUCAUCCGAGCUUGCCUUGCUCGAGAACCAGCUGUUCAACUCCCAGCGCCGCCUACUACAACAUACCGCCGCCAUCUUGCAGUUGACACAUGGAGCGAGAAGGAGGAAUGCGCAGACACCCAAUGGCCAGGUCUUCGGCAAUUCGAUGAUGAUUAAUGGUAUGCCCGAGAGCCCCGAAAGCCUCUACACCUACACCAAUUCGCGGGACAGUAUCAGCAUGGAACCCAUUGGUGGUGAUGAUGGAUUCGACUGGCGGACAUUACACCCGUCAGAAGGAGGACCUGAGAGGUCGGUGAACCUCGCUCCUACCCCGGCGCCGGCUUUGACGAAUCUCGAAAUUCCACCAAAGUCGCCAAUCCGUGAGCAGACCAGCCAGUUGCGGGAGGAGAUGGAGCGGGUCAAGGAGGAGAACGAGAGACUCAAGGCCGCGGAGCAGAAGCUCAGGGAGACGGAGAACCAGCUCAGGGCUGGACAGCAGGAACUCUCAGCCGAGAACGAUGCUAUUCGUACCGAGAUCAACGGUCAAAUCAGGCUGUUUGCGGAGGCCGAGCAAAGACUGGAGAUGAUGAAUCACAAGCUGAGGGAUGUAAUCACCGAGAUCAACCCGUCCGCCGACGCUAAUCUUGAUGAUCCUGAGCCAGCUGCCGGCAACGGCCAAACACUUCCUGUCCAACUUGCCUACCUGGAGCGCGGUCUUGACAUGGCCAUGCACGAGCAGCAACUGAGGUCUGCAGCCAUCAACAGGGACUUGGAACUUGCCGGUGAUGCCUCCGCAGCCACCCUGUCCCAGGCCGAAAAGCGCAUCGAGGCCUUGAACAGGCGUGCUCACACCUUCCUGACGCAGACCAUUCCUGAUAUCGGCACAGCGGCUCCUCCUACGGCCUCUGAAGGAUCCAUGGACGAGCAGCUCGACUACCUCGAGACCAUCCUACGCACAAUCAGAGUUGAGAUGGGCCGUACACAAGGCUCGACCGCUAAUAACAAUAACGCCAACAGAUCCGACAGCGAGCAAGUCGAAGCCGUCCUCAUGGGUCUGUGGGAUAUCAUCCACACCGGCUUUGCAGAGAUUCAGCGCCAGAAGGCUGCUCGCCGCCAGAAGCGCCUGGAGAUGAACUUGGCCGUCGACGAGGAGGACGAGGAAUAUCUUUCCGGCAGCGACGAAGCCAUCGAUCCCAACGAGCAAUACUCUCUCCAGGGCUUCUCCGCCAAGGUACAAUGGCUCUAUGCCCAAGCCACCAGUCUCAAGGAGCAAAAAGCUGUGCUGCAAAGACAAAUCAAGCAGCAGCGCGAGCUCAACAACAAGAGCGGGUCAGAGAAGGAUGCUGAGCUCCGCGCCAAGAUGGAAGAACUCGAGAAGAUGCGCGGCCUCAUCGACGAUGCCGAGGCCCGCGUCCUCGAAGCAAAGGACAAGAUGGAGAACGCCCUCGAGCAAAUGGAGGCCAUGCAGCGCACAACCGCCGAGCGCGAAGAGGCCGCCAUGGCGCGCGGCGCGCAGCAGACGCAGGACAAGCUCAUGGAGCGCAACGCCGUCAUUGCCAACCUCGAGAGCAAGUUCAACGACGUCUCCACUCGCCUGGCCGAGACGGAAGCGGACGUGGUCGAUCUGCAGUCCCAGCUCCAGCAAUCCGCAAAGGCCAAGGCCGCCGCUGAGAAGGCCCAGAAGGACGCCGAGGACGUCGUCGAGGGCUUGCGCAAGGAAAUUAAGGACAAGGACGAGGAGCUCGAGCGCAUGAACAUGAUGCUCGUCGAGAUCAAGAUGGAGAUGACCAUCGCCAAGGCCGAGCUUGACGGGGCCUACGGCUCGCGCGCCGAGCGGGCCGCCCACGCAGCUGCCAUCAGCAACAAGAACGAGGUGGCCGAUCUGCAGGCGCAGGUGGCCAAGCUGAAGAUGGAGCUGGAGAGCACGCUCAAGGACUUUGAGGCCAUCACCAAGGAGUCGAUUGCCGCCGAGAAGGAGAAGCUCGACUUGGAGCAUAAGCUGGAUGACGCGACGCAGGCCAAGGAGUCGCUGGAGAGCGAAGUGGCGGAACUGAGAGAGAAGAUGGAGAGGGAGAUUAGCAGGCUCAAGGAAGAAUUGGAUAAGGAGCGUCUGAGACCACCGCCUAGUCCGGCGCUGAGCGCGGCGGGUAGUGCCGCCGGCGGGUUGUUGAGUCCGAGAAUGGGCGCGACGAUGCUCAGUGAGCAGUUUAGGGCGACGAUGAAGGAGGAGAGGAAGAGGUUCAAUGAGGAGAUGAAGGAGGAACUAGCCAAGCGUCGUAAACUGGAGGAGGAGCUGCGUGCCUUGAGGAGGACAACAUCAACAGGCGGUCUAAGUCCGGGGUUGAAGAGUCCGGCUGAUGCCGGGGCACUUAGUCCUAGUAUGUCAUGAUGACCGAGUCCUCUGAAGGCUUGGUUGGAUCUUGUUUAUAAACCAUUCUGAACGCAAA